CUUCACGGAGGGCAGCUGAAAGCAAGUUUCGCGUUACACUACCGUGCUCACCACGCCUGGAGCUACUGAGUUAGAACUUCACUCCUGAGUGACGAAAUUUUCCUGAGUGACACACUGUAUACAGAAGAAUGGAGCGUUGGUCAGGUCGCGUUGCCGUGGUGACAGGAGCCAGCAGCGGUAUUGGAGCAGCCAUCGCUGCAGAACUGACAAAGAAGGGGCUCAAGGUGGCAGGACUAGCACGCAGAGUCGAGAGAGUCGAGGAACUGGCCAAGUCUCUCAAGUCAGCGAAGGGCAAACUGCAUGCGGUGAAAUGUGACGUCACCAAGGAAUCAGAUGUUCAGGCGGCCUUCAAGUGGGUCAAGGCCAAUCUCGGAGGAGUGGACAUCCUCGUCAAUAAUGCUGCUGUAGCGUAUACUACCCCUCUUACUAGUUCACCAACAGAAGAACUUAAGGGUAUGUUGGACCUCAACGUGCUGGGUCUCAGCGUGUGCACCAAAGAAGCGCUCCAGUCCAUGAAGGAGAGAGGAGUGGACGAUGGACAUAUCAUACAUAUCAACAGCAUCCUCGGCCAUAUACCUCCAGGAGAUAUGUUCGCCAUGUAUGGGGCCACCAAACAUGCGGUCACCGCGCUGACAGAGGGACUCCGACGGGAACUGGUCAGCCUCAAGUCCAAAAUCCGUGUUACCAGUGUCAGUCCUGGACUGGUGAGGACAGAAAUGCCUCCCCAAAAGUUUUUGGACACCUUACCAUCCCUGAAUCCUGAAGAUAUUGCUGAUGGUGUCUUGUACGUUCUGGGUGUUCCACCUCAUGUUCAGAUACACGAACUGACUAUACUACCGGUUGGACAGUAAAUAUCCUGGACACGCUUCCCCUGCGUUGGUAAAGUAAUAAUGUGUUAUGCCCAGUCGAGUUUUGUAAUUUGAUUUUAUAAUAACUUCUUGUCUUGCAACUGAAUGUAAUUCUAAAAUGCCAGAAUUGUUAGUCAUAGAAAUGCAGUUUAUCCUGUACAAAUAAAUAAUAAAAGGCGAUAUGUCCUAGGCA